UUUCUCACUCUACCCGAAAACUGAUUACAAUACUCACAACGCAGUCAUUCUCUCUCUAAAACCAUUCAUUAUUUUCUGUACCUUUUUCUCCUCAGCUCCAAAACCCUCCUUCCCCGCAAUCUGUACGUACAAACCGCACCUGCAUCACUGCCUGAUUUGAUUCGAUUCGAUCAGAUGCACGCAUUCGUGUGCCUUGCACCGCGCGCUGCGACCUUGUAGGGGAUCGGAGGGAGGGCUGCGUGCCGUUAAUUUUCGCGGGGUUUUGUUCUAGGUUUUGAUUUGAAAUCCUUUUUUGGUUUUUGAUUUUUGGGCUCCUUCAGAUGCAAUCUACUCCUGAUUUGGGGCGCCUGGUGUGAUGACUAUUUCGAUUGUAGAUGGCUGCUCGCGCGCUUUGUUACCGGCCGUCGCUUCGAUUGGUGGUGGAGGUGUUGGGGGGAGUUCUGUUGCUGUCACUUUUCGGAAACCCUAGGCGGGUUGUCGGUGUGGAGGAUUCGGGGUUUGACUUGGAUUUCGAAUCGGAUGUUCUGUUGUUCCAUCAGGACUACACGCCGCCUGCGCCUCCGCCGCCGCCGCCACACCCGCCUUCGUUGUCGUGCGAGUCCGAUCUCGGCGGCAUUGGCUCACUGGAUACGACCUGCGAGAUAGUCUCUAAUGUGAAUCUGUCGAAAAAUGUGUAUUUAGAAGGGAAGGGCGAUGUCAUCAUUCUGCCAAAUGUUACGGUGAAUUGCUCAUCGUUUGAAGGAUGUGAGCUCUCAAUAAAUAUUACUGGAAACUUUACGUUGAGAGAGAAUUCAUCCAUUCUGUGUGGAACAUUUCAGUUAGUCUCAAACAAUGCUAGUUUUGGGAAUGGUUCGACCGUUAACACUACUGGGCUGGCCGGGGAGCCACCGCCACAGACUAGCGGGACGCCACAAGGAGUGGAUGGAGCUGGCGGGGGGUAUGGUGGCAGGGGUGCAGCUUGUUUGAUGAAUAAAACUAAGCUUCCAGAAGAUGUUUGGGGAGGAGAUACUUAUUCCUGGUCAAGUUUGUCGUUGCCCUGGAGUUAUGGGAGUAGAGGUGGGACGACAAGCAAGGAAAUUGAUUAUGGGGGUGGAGGAGGAGGCAGGGUAAUGUUUAUAAUUUCAAACCUCUUGGAGGUGAACGGUACUGUUUUGGCUGAUGGAGGAGACGGAGGAGCCAAAGGUGGAGGUGGAUCUGGAGGCAGCAUAUACAUCGAAGCCCAUAGAAUGGUUGGAAUUGGUCUUAUAAGUGCUUGUGGGGGUAAUGGUUUUGGUGGCGGCGGCGGUGGCAGAGUUACAGUCAAUAUUUUUAGCAGACAUGAAGAGCCUCGCAUCGCUGUACAUGGUGGCAGCAGUCUUGGUUGCCCUGAAAAUGCUGGUGCUGCUGGAACGUUUUAUGAUUAUGUGCCUCGCAGCCUUACUGUCAACAAUGAUCAUAAGACAACAUACACGGAAACACUCUUCAUGGAAUUCCCUCAACCAUUUUUAACAAAUGUUUAUAUUCUGAAUGAUGCAAAGGCAGCUGUACCUUUGUUGUGGAGUCGUGUCCAGGUCCAAGGACAAAUCAGCCUAUUGUCCGGAGCACUAUUGAGUUUUGGGCUUGCUCAUUAUUCAAUGUCAGAGUUUGAGCUAGUUGCAGAAGAGUUGUUGAUGAGUGAUUCUGAAAUUAGAGUUUUUGGUGCUCUUCGCAUGACUGUUAAGAUGUUUUUAAUGUGGAACUCAAGCAUGUUCAUAGAUGGCGGUGGAGAUAAAAAUGUUGAUACAUCCUCACUUGAAGCUAGUAAUCUUAUAGUGCUAAGGGAAAAAUCAGUCAUUCAUUCUAAUGCCAACUUGGGAGUUCAUGGACAAGGUUCAUUAAAUUUAUCUGGCCCUGGAGACUGUAUCGAAGCACAACGCCUGGUUUUAUCAUUAUUUUAUGGCAUCAAUAUUGGACCUGGUUCUAUUCUCCGUGGUCCUCUAAGGAAUUCCUCUAAUGAUGCAGUUACCCCAAAACUUUAUUGUGGUUCACAAGAUUGUCCUGCUGAACUGCUUCACCCACCUGAAGAUUGUAACGUGAAUUCUUCUCUCUCCUUUACCCUACAGAUCUGUCGGGUGGAGGACAUCCUUGUGGAGGGUUUGGUUGAAGGCUCAGUGGUUCAUUUUCAUAGAGCCAGAACUAUCAAUGUACAAACAUCUGGAGUUAUAAGCACAUCUGGAAUGGGCUGUCAUGGUGGUGUUGGUCAAGGAGUAAUAUUGAGUAAUGGUCUUGGCAGUGGUGGCGGUCACGGUGGUAGAGGUGGAAUGGGCUGUUAUAAUGAAAGCUGCAUUGAGGGUGGGAUAUCAUAUGGAGAUGCUAAUUUACCUUGUGAAUUGGGUAGUGGCAGCGGUAAUGAUAGCUUGGCUGAAUCAACUGCUGGUGGUGGUGUUCUGGUGAUGGGUUCAUUGGAUCAUCCGCUGGUAACUUUAUCUGUUAAAGGUUCUGUUAGAGCAGAUGGGGAUAGCUUUAGAGGGAGUCUCCUGAAGAUUAAAUCCUCUGUUGAUAAUGUGACCAUGGGCCCUGGAGGUGGAUCAGGUGGUACUAUCUUGCUAUUUUUGCGCUUUUUAUCAAUGGGUGAAUCUGGAAACUUAUCAAGCGUUGGAGGCCAAGGUAGCCCUAUUGGUGGCGGUGGAGGAGGUGGAGGAAGGAUUCAUUUUCAUUGGUCAGACAUUCCCACGGGGGAUGUGUAUUGGCCAAUAGCUACACUGAAUGGAAGCAUUCAAACAAGGGGUGGAUUAGGUGGCACCCAAGGAUACAUAGGUGAAAAUGGAACAAUCAGUGGAAGAGCUUGCCCAAAGGGGCUCUAUGGAAUAUUCUGCAAGGAAUGUCCAGUUGGUACUUAUAAAAAUGUCACUGGAUCUGAUAGCUCCCUCUGCUUUCAAUGCCCAAGUGAUGAGCUUCCUAGUCGUGCAGUUCAUACACGUGUCCGAGGUGGUAUCACUGAAACACCUUGUCCUUAUAAGUGUAUUUCCGAGCGAUAUCACAUGCCACAUUGUUAUACUGCUCUUGAAGAGUUGGUGUAUACUUUUGGAGGACCAUGGUUGUUUGGACUCUUGCUUUUGGGUCUUCUCAUUUUAUUGGCAUUGGUUCUUAGUGUUGCACGGAUGAAGUUCAUUGGGGUUGAUGAGUUACCAGGACCAGCUCCUACACAACAAGGUUCUCAAAUAGAUCAUUCAUUCCCUUUUCUGGAAUCUCUUAAUGAGGUACUGGAAACUAACAGAGUAGAGGAGUCUCAAAGUCAUGUACAUCGGAUGUACUUUGUGGGCCCAAACACAUUUAGUGAACCUUGGCACCUUCCUCAUACACCUCCUGAACAAGUGAAAGAAAUAGUUUAUGAGGGUGCAUUUAAUACAUUUGUGGACGAGAUCAAUGCACUUGCUGCAUAUCAGUGGUGGGAAGGAUCAGUGCACAGCAUUCUUUGUAUUCUCGCCUACCCUUUUGCUUGGUCAUGGCAACAAUGGCGGAGGAGAUUGAAGUUACAGAAAAUACGAGAAUUUGUCCGAUCUGAAUAUGACCAUGCUUGCUUGCGGUCGUGCCGCUCUCGUGCUCUUUAUGAAGGGCUGAAGGUUGCUGCAACCCCAGAUUUGAUGCUGGCAUAUGUUGACUUUUUCCUUGGUGGUGAUGAAAAGAGAAAUGAUCUUCCUCCUCGCCUCCACCAAAGAUUUCCAAUGACUCUGUUGUUUGGUGGCGAUGGAAGUUACCUCACUCCUUUCUCUCUACACAACGACAAUAUCAUCACUAGCCUCAUGAGUCAGUCAGUGCCACCAUCGACAUGGUAUCGCUUUGUAGCUGGCUUGAAUGCUCAGCUACGGCUGGUAACAAGGGGCUGCCUCAGAAAGAAGUUUCGGCCCAUUCUUCUGUGGCUUGAAACAGUUGCGAAUCCUGCCAUGAGGGUCUAUGGUGUGCAUGUGAAUCUUGCUCUGUUUCAAGCUAUCCCUGAUGGUCACUGUCAUUACGGACUUGUGAUACGUGAUGCUAUAGAAGAAGAUGACUAUGUUGAUUUACCAUUACCUGAUAGAGAACCUGAAAAUCAUCAGCGGUCAAGCAGUACAGCAAGCAUCUAUCGAACAGAUGAGAUUCUCUAUAAGAGUGACCGGGAUCAAACAUGGAGAAGUCCUCAGGGCAAUCCACGGAGGAAAACCUAUGGUCUGGUUAUAAAUGUCAACAAUUUGAAGGUGCUUCGGGAGAAAAGAGACAUAACCUUUGUCUUGUCUUUUCUAAUUCACAACACUAAGCCUGUGGGCCACCAGGAUCUUGUUGGCUUGAUUAUCUCUAUCAUGCUUCUAGGAGAUUUUAGCCUAGUAUUGCUCACGUUGCUACAAUUGUAUUCGAUUUCAUUGGUAGAUGUCUUUCUUGUGUUGUUCAUUAUACCUCUGGGGAUUUUACUUCCCUUUCCUGCUGGAAUCAAUGCUUUAUUCAGUCAUGGACCUAGGCGGUCAGCAGGCCUUGCUCGUAUAUAUGCUUUGUGGAACAUUACGUCUUUGAUAAAUAUUGUUGUUGCAUUCAUUUGUGGUUAUGUUCACUCUCGCACUCAACCAAGCAAAGGACUUCCGAAUUUUCAGCCAUGGAAUAUGGAUGAAAAUGAGUGGUGGAUUUUUCCUUUAGCACUUGUUUUGUGUAAAUGCAUCCAAUCGAAGCUCAUAAACUUGCACGUAGCAAAUUUGGAAAUUCAGGAUCGUUCACUGUAUAGUAGCGACUUUGACUUGUUUUGGCAGUCAUAACAUUCACCGAACAACCAUUUCCGCCCGCCCAUCAUUUUUUGUUCUGUGGGUUUCUUCGCAUAAAACCGUGUUUAUGGUAUGGUAUGGUAUGGUAUGGUAUGGUAUGACAAUCCUUUUAGAAAAUAGAAUGAAGUAGAAAAAGAAAUUGGUUGAAAAGGGGGUUCAGAUCAGAUCAGAUCAGAUCAGAGAGCAGAGCAUAGAUUUAUUUAGCUGAGGCAUAACUUUCUUUGUUUUGUAGCAUUUUGUUGUGCAGUAAAAUCCUUUUUGGAUGUAAAUAUCAAUUGGGAUAUUCCCAUAUGGAUACAUACAUAUUCUAGUCUUACUGUUAGUUUAUUAUGUAUCUUACUUUUCAUUACCAAUAAUUGCUGCCCAA